UACAUGUGCUCGGUCUGCGGCAAGACCUUUUCUCGGCCCUUCAACUUGCGCUCGCACAGGGCUACGCAUGCCGGUGUCAAGCCCUUCACAUGUGGUCAUAUUAACGAUGAAGGAAAGUUCUGCGGUUGGUCAUUUGCUCGUCGCCACGAUCUGGAGCGCCAUACGCGCAGCUGCCACUCUACCAAGAAGCAGUUCAAGUGCAGGACCUGCGGAACCGAGUGCGGAAGGAACGAUGCCUUCAAGCGUCAC